AUGUUCCAGGGUUGUGGGAUGGACACGGAGGCAGGCAGGCAGAAGCACGGGGACGGAACGGCGGACAUCAAGAAUUGUCACACUAAGUCAGGGCUCUGCGUCUGCGGCCGUCAUGCGCAUUCCUGGCUGGUGCGCUCACUUGCCGCACUCGCGGGCGACGGCGGCGGCGACGGCGGCGAGACGCAGCGGGUGUCGCGUUUCGCCCUGGGAGAAACCGAGCCAUAUCGCGGCCGCCCUCACCUGUUCGGGCACCUUCGUGCAACUCUGCGGCUGCAGCCACGGGAGAAGACGGCUGCUCUUGGCGAUUGUGGAGGUGGUGUUGGUGUCGGUUUUGUUGUCGCUGUAGCUGGUCUUGUAGCUGGUGGUCUUGGUAUUGCUAAUGAUGUUGCUGGUAUUGUCGCUGCUACUGGACUAUAUUAUUCUUAUUUGAUUCACAACAACGGAUAUGUAUCAUGUUUUAAUGUUUUUCUCUCUCUUCCUCAGGAUGUGAUACACACCAUUUGCCAGCCCUACGGAAAUGUCCUGCGUAUCGUUAUCUUCAAGAAGAAUGGCGUCCAGGCCAUGGUUGAGUUCGACGGGAUCGAGCCGGCCACCCGGGCGCGAGAGGGACUCCAGGGCGCCGACAUCUACUCCGGAUGCUGCACCCUCAGGAUAGAGUACGCAAAGCCAACGAAACUGAAUGUGUACAAGAAUGACGCGGAGAGCUGGGACUUCACAAACCCCAAUGUUGGAAUGAAGGAACCCCAGAACAACGGCAGUGGGGGCGGCGGAGGAUCUUCUCGCCCUCCCCUCCUGCAGGAGCCUCGCGGUUUCGGCAUGAACGCUGCACCCUUCAGAGGCGGCAUGAACGGACAAAUGGGCGGCCCACGCAACUCAGCCGGCGCCCUCUUCAACAGCCCCAUGCCUGACAGGUUCGGUAUGAACAAUGGAAUCAGUAACGGCGGACUGCGCGGUGGCGGCCUCGUGGGCGGCGGCGGCGGCCCCGGCCAGGGCGGUCCCUUCAUGGGCGGCGCUGGCGGACCCGGAGGUGCCUCCCUGCAGGCCAUGGGACAGCCCCAGCCCGGCAUCCCACAACAGGGCGCCGUCCUCAUGGUAUACGGACUCAACAAGGACAAGAUGAAUGCCGACAGGAUCUUCAACUUGCUAUGUCUCUACGGCAAUGUUGUCAGGAUAAAGUUCCUGAAGACGAAGGAGGGGUGCGCCAUGGUCCAGAUGGGUGACGCGCUGGCGGUUGAGCGCGCUGUGGCCAACCUCAACAACACGACAUUCUUCAGCUGCAAGAUGCAACUUGGAUACUCAAAGCAGGCCUUCCUUGCUGAUGUCCAGCAGCCAUAUGACCUGCCCGAUGGAACCCCCUCCUUCAAGGACUACAUGGGCAACAAAAACAACAGGUUCAUUAACCCGGAAAUGGCAUCCAAGAACAGGAUACAGCCUCCAUCCAAGAUCCUGCACUUCUUCAACACUCCUCCUGGCCUGGAUGAGGACCAGCUUAAACAGGUGUUCAUUGAUGGGGGAGUCACAGAACCUAAGAGCAUCAAGCUGUUCCCAUCAAAGAGUAAGUGUGAGUGAAUCAUUGGGAAAGACGCAGGAU